AUGCGUUUCACUCAGUUCUUCAACAUCCUCGCCGCCGGCUCCCUCGUCGGAAUCACUGCCGCCGCUCCGUUGGGGACUCGGACCCUGGAGGUUUCCGAGCGUGGAGUGCCUUUGGCCUCCCGUUCCACCGACGCAGUGGUGACCGUCAGCGCCCUCGCGGUCAAGACCAUCAACAACGAUGAUGGCAAGAGCUCCGCCUCAAACUCCUACACUAUGUACACCGGAGACGGAUCCACUCAGGAUGGGUGGCCUGCCAAGUCUGACUGGUGGACUGUCAACAAGCCGCUCAUCUCCGAGUCGUGCGCCAAUAACGGCUGGGGCGCGGACAACUCCGCCACUGAGACCCAGGACCUCUACGAUGCCAUUAACGAGGUCGCGGAGGAGUCCGAGGUUGAUCACCGCCUCAUCCUUGCCGUCGUCAUGCAGGAAUCCAAGGGCUGUGUCCGUGUCGUGACCACUUCCAACAGCGUGGAAAACCCCGGCCUCAUGCAGAGCUACGAGGGCACCGGCACCUGCUACGGAAAGGAGACCUGCUCGAAGGCGGAGAUCGUCCAGAUGAUCCGCGAUGGAUCCAUCGGAACCGCAGCCGGAUACGGUCUCGCCUCGCUCAUCGAUAUGUCUGACCGCACCACCGUUGCGGGCUACUACCGCGCCACGAGAAUGUACAACUCUGGCGUGUACUCCCUUGAGAGCUCCGACAAUCUGGUCUCCGCUUCCGGCGCCACCUCCUGCUACGCCUCCGACAUUGCCAACCGUCUCACCGGUUGGACCACCGCCGCCACCAAGUGCACUAACAGCUAA